UCUUAAUCUCUCUCUCUCUUUCUCUUGAAUUUGUCAUGUUGUUCUCUCAUGGGGUGGGUGGCUCUGUAAGUAUCCUCUCUUAAAAUGUGGCAAACAAAUGCAAAACUCUGUCCUGUAACUCUUUUUUCUCUUCUCUCUUUCUCUCUCAUGGAAAUUAUUGAUUAUUUCUCCUCUCCCUUUCCUGAAAAAGCCAUGGAAAAGUAAUAUUUUUGUGACAAAGAAAUCAUCUUUUGAUUGCAUUUCUUACUCUGACUCAUACACAGGAGAGAAAAACUAAAAGGGGAUCCUAAAUUUGCAAUAAAGAGGGAAAACUGCCACUCAAUAUUCAUAGAGAAAGCUUUGAAGAAUGAAUGGUCUCUCACAUCUUCAGCCAGAUUACUCUGAGUUUGUUGAAGUUGAUCCAACUGGAAGAUAUGGCAGAUACAAUGAAAUUCUUGGCAGAGGAGCUUCAAAGACAGUUUAUAGAGCAUUUGAUGAGUAUGAAGGGAUUGAAGUUGCUUGGAACCAGGUCAAGCUCUAUGAUUUCCUGCAAAGCCCUGAAGAUCUUGAAAGGCUUUACUGUGAGAUUCAUCUCCUCAAGACAUUGAAGCAUAAAAACAUAAUGAAAUUUUAUACUUCUUGGGUUGAUACUGCAAACAGGAACAUCAACUUUGUGACUGAAAUGUUCACUUCUGGGACUUUGAGACAGUACCGGCUAAAGCACAGGAGAGUUAACAUUAGAGCAGUGAAGCAUUGGUGUAGGCAGAUCUUGAGAGGACUUCUUUAUCUCCAUAGCCAUGACCCCCCUGUGAUCCAUAGAGAUCUAAAAUGUGACAACAUCUUUGUCAAUGGCAAUCAAGGGGAAGUGAAGAUUGGAGAUCUUGGCCUUGCUGCUAUUCUUCGAAAAUCACAUGCUGCUCACUGUGUUGGGACACCAGAGUUUAUGGCCCCAGAAGUGUAUGAAGAGGCAUAUAAUGAGCUGGUGGAUAUUUAUUCUUUUGGGAUGUGCAUUUUGGAAAUGGUCACUUUUGAAUAUCCAUAUAGUGAAUGCACUCAUCCAGCUCAAAUAUAUAAGAAAGUUAUCUCUGGCAGAAAACCUGAUGCUUUGUAUAAAGUGAAGGAUCCAGAAGUAAGACAAUUCGUGGAGAAAUGCUUGGCAACUGUAUCACUUAGGCUUUCAGCUAGAGAGUUGUUGAAUGAUCCAUUUCUCCAAAUUGAUGACUGUGAAUCCAAUUUUAAACCUGUAGACUAUGGGUCAGAAUUCGAUGGCAUGAGUACUCUCAUAAGGCAACCUUACCUUGAAUUUCAUGAAAAUACUUAUCCCUACAGUGGUGGAUACUCAAAUGGCUAUAGCUAUGAAGCUCAGGAUGAAUUAGAAUAUCAUCCUGUUGAAUUUGAACAUAGUGGUAUUGAACUUUUCAAGUAUCAUGAUGAAGAACAUUCUGCAAAUGUUGACAUAAGUAUAAAAGGGAAGAGGCAAGAUGAUGGUGGAAUCUUUUUAAGGCUCCGGAUUACAGAUAGAGAUGGGCGCAUUCGAAACAUAUAUUUCCCUUUCGACAUUGAAACAGACACUGCGUUGAGUGUGGCCACUGAAAUGGUUGCGGAACUAGAUAUUACUGAUCAAGAUGUGACCAAAAUUGCAGAUAUGAUUGAUGGGGAAAUUGCUUCAUUGGUUCCAGAAUGGAGGCCAGGGCCAGGCAUAGAGGAAACGCCUCGCUUUGCAAAUCAAACCUUCUGUCAUAAUUGUGCUUCCAAUCGUACUUCUAAUGGUUCACUUGUAGACUUUCUAUCAAAUAAUCCAUGUUGUAGAAAUGGAUGUGCUUCCAUGCAUGGCCGAUUCGAAGAGAUAACAUUCCAGGCUGAUGAACCUGAGCAUCAUCUGUCAGAAAAUGCUCCAAACCUACUGAGCCAUUCUGACUCCUUGCAGUAUCAGGAAAUUUGGGGUCAACAUGAAAGCCGUGAACUUACUCCAGUGGGCUCUGGAAGAAGCCAUUCAGAUGAAGAAUAUGAAAGAACUGAUCAAUCAAUCUCAACCAAGGAUGAGAAUAAUGUAAAGAUGGAAAAUGACUUUCAAUCUGGUGCAGGACCUCUACACUUAAGUUUUGGUUCGCUUUCCUUGUGCAGUGACCUCUCAGACAGUAACGAGAACAAAGUCCAGCAAGAGUUAAGAUGGCUUAAAGCAAAGUACCAAAUCGAGUUGGGGAAACUUAGAGAUCAACAAUUAACAAUCGUAUCAAAAUCUUCUUCUAGCAAUAUAGAAUGCAAACAAGGUAAUGGGAUUUUUUCACCUGCAGUAACAAAUUCAUUUCAAGAAACUAGCAAUGGGAAUCUCUUCAAAUCAUUAGGCCAUGAGAAGUUGUAUGGUCCCACUUUGCACACUGAUCUGAAUAAGAGGGCCAGAAAUUGCAGGGCAAUCAAGGAAUCCUCAAGAACAGGUGACAUGGUCCCUGCCAAGAGUUUCUACAACAGCUCAUUGCUUCCUCACUCACUUCACAGGACAACAUCCCUCCCAGUUGAUGCUGUUGAUGUAUAAUAUGUGUAAGAGACUUUUUUUUUUUAAUUUUUUUUUUUCAUUCUUUUGUAAGUCCUUACAACAGAGGCUUUAUUACAACUGUUAACCAAUCCACCAUCAAUGUGCUAAUGCCCUACAAGCCAGCCCAUGAUCAUGAACUCACUUGUGGUGAUAUGGGCAUUAAGUAAUUAUGAUGAGAGAUGCAAAGUCAUGUAGAAUCUCAAAUGGAGAUGUGAUUCCAUGUAUAUUAUCCAUUUUCCCACAAAAAUAGUAAAAUAGAGCAACAAGAUGCUGUUAGAGAUGUAGAAGAAAGAUGAGUUGAGAUCAUGUAAGAUCUUUAGAUACAAUGAAUUGGUUGAGUAAUCUGUGUAUGCUACCUACUGGCUUUUGAACUACCAAGAAGGCUGGUUAUUAUUAGCUCUCAAUCAUUGGAACUUGCUGGGUUCCAGGUGUAAUGGAUCAAGCUGAAUUAAAGUCCCAUGUGCACAUUCCGUUCA